AAAUAAGCGAGAAAAAAAAUUCUGGAUUAUGAGGGGAUCUUUUUCUCUAUAACGGUUUCACGUGACCAUAUUCUAGUCCGUCUCGUUUUGUUGAUGUGGACUCUUAUAUCUCUCUCCGGUUCCCCUCCUUCCCUCUGUUACUGUGUCCGUCUGCUUGUAUCUUAGCGUAGAUGAAGAAAACUGAGACAGCCUCUGCGCGAGCGACACUAUAGGAUAAUUGGAGCGCGUGAGCUGAAGGUAUCGGGUCACUGGCCCUUCUAUUAGCCGGACUGAUGACAAGAAGAAAUGAGCCAUAGCAAGUGCAGCAUCAGAUUUCGUGUGAAUGAACAAUUCCGCGUCAUUUGGCGUAUCAGUGGCGCGGAAUCCUCGUAUUGAGCCGCAUUAUGUCCGGUGGCUCGUGCGCUGCAGGUGGAUUCUGUCUCGCGAUGUUCGGGCUGCUGGUCCUCGUGCAGAUGCCCGGGGCCCUGACGUCCGACACGGAUAGCGACUGUUUGUCUGAAGAUGACAAAGGAUGUGAAGGUCUAUCUGAGAGGAAAAGUGACCUUCAUGUGUGUGAUGAAUAUAGUUGUUCUUUUGGAGGAAUAUGCAGGUACAACGGAUCACACUUGGAGUGUCUUUGUCUGUAUCAGUGUCCACAGAGCUUUGCUCCAGUAUGUGGGUCUGAUGGUAACACAUAUCACAGUGAAUGUUUCCUAAGACAAGCUGCCUGUGAACAGCAGACCACAAUCACCGUAAUUACAGAAGGACACUGUCACGCCGAUGCUGAAUCGGCAUCAGGAGAUACAGAUCUGGAGAGUUCAGGACUGGAGCCCAGCAGAUUCUCUAAGUGUUCUAGCUGCAAAUUCGGAUCAGAGUGUGAUGAAGACUCUGAAGGCAUUUGGUGUGUGUGUAAUAUAGAUUGCAGUGGAUACAAUAUGAAUCCAGUGUGCGGAUCAGAUGGACAGUCUUACAGUAACCCAUGUCAGAUCAGAGAAGCAUCCUGCUUGAAGCAAGCUCAGAUUGAUGUCAAAUACCUUGGACAAUGUCCAGAUUCAGUGGAUCUAGUGGGCAGCGUCGGUGUGGGCGAAGCAAUGCCCUGUGCUGAAAUCAACAGCAGCUUUUGUGUGCAUGGAACUUGUGAGAUGAAAAAUGGCCUGGCAACGUGCAAGUGUAAUGUGGGGUUCUCCGGUGUGCAGUGUGAGCAAAGCGACUUCAGUGAAUUGUACGUGGUGCCCAAUGGGCAGAAGCUUCAAUACAUCCUGAUUGCUGUGAUCAUCGCUGCUGUACAGAUCAGCAUCAUCGUCGCUAUCAUAAUAUGCAUCAUAAGGAUUCAUCCAAAAAAGCCACGCGGUCGUCUUCAGAAACAGGACCUGGGACACUUUCCCAAAGAUGGAGGACGCAGGAUUGAAUAGCUGCUGAUAACAUUAACACAAACACACAAACAACUGCACAACUAUCUUUUAACAUUAGUAUUUCAGUGGCCUUAUUCCACCCUGUUUUUACUUUAAAAUCUCUACAUUCCCAGUGUUCUCUCCCCUUCUCAAUUUUGCCUUUUAUCAUCUCUCUGCCUCACUUUCUUACUAGUCCAAAUGCAGUAACUCCACAUGGUGAAAUGUUUACAUUAGUAGAUUACUAUAUUUUCUGAACAAAAUUUGAGUGAUUCUUGCCAUGCAAAACAUCCUAGCAUGAUAGAGUGUUUGUAUGUAUAUUUUUGAGGAGACUGUUUGCUAUUACUUUCAUAAGCUGUAAAAUUUAUGACUGGAGGACAAUAUAACGGGCCUAAAACUCCCAAGAGGGCCCAGAGCCAUAUAAAAGGUCCAGAAUAAUACCAACACUUUGUGGUGGACUUUUUUU